AUGAAGACUUCUCAGAUCCUUGCUAUCCUCGGCUUCUCUGCCUUCGCCAUGGCUCAAAGCAGCAGCUAUACGCUUGCUCCCUCUCCCACCGAGAGUUAUGGCUGUGAAAUUCACGUCGAUCACUACCAUUGCGAAGGUGCCCGCUCCACCACCGGCGCCGCUGGCGCUGCCACCACGUUGACCAGCGCUGUUGCUGCCACCACUACCGCGACCGAGGAUCACGACCACGACCACGACCACGCCUCCGGCACCGGCUCUCUUGCUCCUUCACCUACGGAGUCCGUGGGAUGCGUUCCGCACUCGGACCACUCCGAUGAUGAAAGACGAGGAUUCACCUAA